AUGCUAGAUAGCUGCAAGCUGAAAAGUGCCUGCAAUUUGCCAUUUUUUUGUAAUAAGAAAAUAAAUACUGCUGGAACCAGUAAUGCAGAUGUUCCUUUGCCUGAUCCCGGAAUGUACCAGCUGGACAUUACAUUAAGAAAGGGCCAAAGUUUAGCUGCUCGAGAUCGAGGAGGAACAAGUGAUCCAUACGUGAAGUUUAAAAUUGGAGGCAAAGAAGUUUUUAGAAGUAAAACAAUACACAAGAACCUCAAUCCUGUGUGGGAAGAAAAAGCUUGCAUUCUUGUUGAUCACCUUAGGGAGCCAUUGUAUAUAAAGGUAUUUGACUAUGAUUUUGGACUGCAGGAUGACUUCAUGGGUUCAGCCUUUCUGGAUCUCACACAAUUAGAGUUAAACAGGCCCACAGAUGUGACCCUAACUCUGAAAGAUCCCCAUUAUCCUGACCAUGAUCUUGGGAUCAUUUUGCUCUCAGUUGUUCUUACCCCUAAAGAAGGAGAACCCAGGGAUGUGACAAUGCUAAUGAGGAAGAGUUGGAAAAGAUCAAGUAAGGAACUCUCAGAAAAUGAAGUGAUUGGAUCUUAUUUCUCUGUGAAGUCUUUCUUUUGGAGGACGUGUGGCAGGCCUGCUCUUCCUCUCCUGGGAUUCUGCAGAGCAGAGCUUCAGAGUCCUUAUUGCCAAAAUGCACAAUUUCAGACCCAAAGUUUACGUCUGUCAGACCUGCACAGAAAGUCACAUCUUUGGAGGGGAAUAGUCAGCAUUACCUUGAUUGAGGGGCGAGACCUCAAGGCAAUGGAUUCCAAUGGGUUGAGUGACCCCUAUGUGAAGUUUCGGCUUGGGCAUCAGAAGUACAAGAGCAAGAUUAUGCCAAAAACUUUGAAUCCUCAGUGGAGGGAACAAUUUGAUUUUCAUCUCUAUGAAGAAAGAGGAGGAAUCAUUGAUAUCACAGCAUGGGACAAAGAUGCCGGGAAAAGGGAUGAUUUUAUUGGCAG